AUGUGUGGGGCCCAGCCCCCGUCCGUGGGCAGGGGUUACGAGCGCUACUUCCUGUUGGUGGUUGACGACUACUCGCGUUACACCACAGUCUUCCCCUUGCGCAGCAAGGGUGCUGUCACUGAGGCGGAGAGUUCUCUUCUCGCCUUCUGCGAGACUACUGUCGUGCACAGGGGGAUCCGCCAGACCUUCACGCUUCCGGACUCACCACAGCAAAAUGGGAUUGCUGAGCGCCGCAUUGGCAUGGUCAUGGAUGUCGCUCGUACGUCCAUGAUGCAUGCGGCUGCCCCCCAUUUUCUGUGGCCGUUUGCGGUGAGGUACGCGGCGCAUCAGCUCAACCUUCACCCCCCGGGUCUCUCGGCCUGCGAUGUCCCCAGCCUUGCUGUGGACAGGGGAAGGUUGGCGAUGCGUCUGUGUUCCGUGUCUGGGGAUCUCGGGCGUUUGUCCGCGACUUUGUCUGCGGACAAGCUGUCCCCUCGUGCUGCUCACCUGUGUCUUCUUCUUGGCUUCCCCACUGACGCCCCAGGGUGGCAGUUUUACCACCCCUCCUCUCGUCGUGUUCUGUCCUCCCAGGACGUCACGUUCGACGAGUCAGUCCCCUUCUACCGUCUCUUCACCUACCGCACUCCCUUCCCUCCCCCCUCCCCCGGACUUCCUUGUGCCGGUUCCCCCCCGGUAGACCCCUCCCCCCUCAGGUUCCUGCCCCCUCAGGUGUGUCCAAGGUAG